GAUUACUGACUUCUAGGAAAUUUCUCACAAGAUGUCGGGGGGUAUUUUGCGUGACAAGCCGCUGGUAUGCUUUCGGACGAUAUGACUUGCUCGUUGUGGUGCAUGUCUGCAAAAUUUCGGCCUACGUUAAAUCCUAGAGUGUUAUAACAUCGCUGACGUUAAGAUUUACAAUUUAGACUACCCUCCCGACUGUGAAAACUAGAAAAGUUAGGACUAUCUGCAAGAAUUGUGUCAGUGCGUGUAUUACUGCCAAAUCCAAUAUCUGGAAUACUAAUUUUUUUUGUGAUUACAAGACAGAAUUUUCCCAUUACACGAAGACUUUAAAUUGAAACGGAAUAUUACCACUACUUACAAUUGGGAUGGGAGCUAAAGCAAGCACUGUAGCACAAUCUGCUGGAGGCAAUGGGCAAUCCUCUACUGGAGCAAAUGAAACUACCAUGCAGAGUUUUUCUAUGCUUCGCUCUCUACCUGGAGGUGUUAGCAUGUUGCAACAUCAACAUCAACAAGGGAAUCAAUCUCAAACUUCUCGAGUGUCUGGAGACAGUAGGCAACGUGCUCGUUCUUUGAGUUCAGUGCCAGAUCUUUCUUCUGGAGAACAAAGCAGUCUCGCUGCCUCUGUUGGAGUCGGAGUUGGUCAAGCACUUGGUCUACCCCAACUUGAUUCAGAUGAUGCAGAUGAAGAAAGUGGACGGGUUUAUGCUGCCCAUAGCUUGCCUUCUCAUAUUUGGUCUCUUAACGGUCUAAAGUGUCCUGUUUGUUCCAAAUUUAUUCUGCCAGAUGACAUAGAAUGUCACUUGGUCAUGUGCCUGACGAAACCACGUCUUAGUUACAAUGAAGAUGUAUUAUCUGAUGAGAAAGGCGAAUGUGUUAUCUGUCUUGAAGACUUACAACCUGGAGAUGUUAUAGCCCGUUUACCCUGCCUUUGUAUAUAUCAUAAAAACUGCAUUGAUAAAUGGUUUCAAGUGAAUCGUAGUUGCCCUGAGCAUCCUGGGGAUUGAUUUCUAUCCACUGAAUACGGAAGAGCACAAUGCAAUUUGUUGCUGACCCAGAAGACUCUCAUCUCGAUGGGAAUAAAAUGGGAGGAAACAGCAAAAAUUUGAAAAAAGCUAGUCAAGAUGGCUGCUAGUCCACUGUGGUGGUUGGUGCGUGUGGUUGUUCGACUGAAUGACGCAUACUCAAUUUGAAUAUGAGAACAGACAUUUAAUUAAAUCCUUGAUUAUAUUACUUGUAAGCAGGGGACUUAAAAAUCGCCAUAAGAUUCAACGACACAAUGCUAUUACUUAUACGUAUCUGUAAUUAAUCUAUUAGUGCUCUAUAGCAUAUUAUCAAUUGUACCAUAUUUAUAAAUUUUACUUAGUUCUACAUCUUGAAGUCGAAUUAGAGUUAAGCAAGAUGAUCUGUAUUGUUAUUGGUUAUUUCGCCUUUUUUGGAAAAGGGGGUAGAAUGAAUGUUAGUCGAAGGGCCUGUAUAAUAAUUGGGCAACGUAUAUUUUAAAUGAGUUAAUUAUAUUUUUAAUCAUUUAAUUAUGAAUCAAAUGUUUCAUUUUUGUUGUCUGUUGGGGAAUGAA